UAUCUCAUAGAUAUCUACUACAACAUCUAUUUGUGUCUACCAGCUCGAAUAUUCACUUCGGCGUCAUCGGGCCGCCUUUUUGUCGCCUUUACAGAUCCGAAAUUCGUACGUCAUCCUGCGCAGUAUGAAUUAUCUAGCCCACGGCGCAAUCCCAACCCCAUCCCUUCACCUAGUAACAGAUCGGAGUCCACCACAUAAAUAACCAAAUAUUUUUUUAUUGAAAAAAAAGGCGGUAGAAACCGUGGGUGGCAUUUGUAGCAGUAUAAAUAAUUUUCGAUAAUUUUUAUAGUGUUUGUAAAUAAAAUUAUUGUCUAGUCUUAUUGGACAUUUUCGAUGUUUUUACUAAUUUAAAUAAAGAAUUUAUAUACUGGUGUAUAAAGUGUCCUAGUCGAGAAUAUAUAUUUUUUACUUUCUUGUUUUAUAAUAGGGAUUGCUUUACACUGAAGAUUUCAUCGGAAUCUCUCGCAAUUUGUCUAUACAUUCGCAUACAAUUUUUAAUAUUGUGAUACCAGGCACAUAUCACUCUAUGCAUGCGGUGGGCACAGUCUUCAAUGGUACCCGAUACUCGCCGGUAACACUCAGCCAUGAGUGGCCGACACUCAGCCGGCUGCUCUUCAUGGUAUUCUGCUCGUGCCUUGGCACCACCAUCAAUGGCUUUUUCGUCGCCGCGUUCUUCGUGGAACACACUUUGAAGAAAGUUGGCAAUGUCUUCCUGGCAUGCAUCGGUAUGGCCGAUCUGAUUGUCACGACGGGUGUGAUGCCAGUGUCCGCUGUCGUCCUGCUGUCAGCCGGCGAAUGGGACACCAUUCCAGUGUGUCACGUCUUGCAGUUUCUCACAGAAACAUCUACGUACUGCUACAGUUUGUUUUUUACGCUCGUGGCUGCAGAAACUUACUACCGAUUGUGUCGUACCACGGCUGAAUACGAAAUGUUUAUAUCAAUGCGCGUCGGACUGGUAGCGAUUAUGGUCUUCACCAUUAGCCUGAUCAUCGCUGGACUGGGCGUUUACCUCGGCCUCGAUUACGACUACUGCCAACGCCGGCACUAUGGAAACUUUUACUUUAGAGUAACCACUUCCGUGAUCUUCCACGCUAUUCCAUUCCUGAUGACCAUUUUUGGUCUCGUCUCUUCCUGCAUACAGGUACGUAAGCGAGCCCGUGAGCAAGUCCACUACAAACGCUCUCAGCAAUAUGAGCGAGACUACUCCACCACCAAUUUAAAUAUUACCGCGUUUCUGCUAUACGUUAUGGCAUGGACGCCAUAUCUCGUCAUUUUGCACGAGUACCCCAGCACCAACGAUAAUAAGUUCUAUCAUUGCGCGUGGAUCGGCGUCUGUCGGUCCGUUUUCACCAGCUUCUUGUACAGCUCCAUGAAUAGGAAUUUCAGACGCGCAUUUGCCCAUCUCUUUUACUAUUGUUGCUGCAAGAGUACUUUAACAGGAUCGUUUAGCAAUCGUCAUAGACGGGCUUUAGAGUACAAAUCUGCGACUGGCGAUGUAAGGGUCCAUAUCAUGCAUCAGGCAGUCAACGCGAGCAGCCCCCAGAGGGCUGCCUCGUCUUCUCGAGAAACUCAAGAAUUAUGAUUAUACACAUGGGCCAUAUAAUUUUCUUCUAAUAAAAAGAUGACAAUGUGUUCUAUCUAUAACUCUGUUAGCUUUUAUAUGCCACAAGAAUUUUAACAAUUGAGAUGUGUUUUUGUACAUCACUUUAUAUAUAUUGUAAACUGCCCAGUUAAUAAGAAGAAUACAAUAUGAAAAUUAAAUUAUUCAAUCUCAUAAAUAUUUGAGCAAGAUAAGUAAUAAGUCAUUAAUAGCAAAAUGUGAUGUGUUUUAGAUUACGAAGCCCUGUGAUUGAUUAGUUUAAAUUUCAUACUACAUUCUUAACGGAAAUGGGCUAUACCUAUUUUUAUAACGUCUACAUAAUAUGUUAUAUCAAUUUCAGCUAAAUACUUAUUUAAAAUGCGAAGUGCUAUGCAUUUUUCAAAGUAAUAAAAAAAUUAUACUGGCUCUUCAAUAAACAAUUUUUCUAUGUAUACAAUUAUUUAUUAAGUUUGCAUUAUGAGUAUGUUUUUUAUAAAAGUUACAAGCACAUCAAAUACAAAGUCUAUGGAUAAAAUUUGUUUAUGGAUCAAUUUUAAAAUUUAUAAAUAUAAUUAGAAAUAAAUACUGGCUACUUAAUAAGGAUGAAGGCUGAAUAUACAAGUUUCAAAUUUAAAAAAAAAAUUAGUAAGUAAAUCACACAUUAGGCUAUAAAAAAAAUAAUAAAUUAGAAAAAUAAAAUUAGGCAAAUGCAAGUAAUUCAUUGUGGUAAUGGGGGCAAUAACUUGUUACCUAAGUAGGUUGUGUGUAGUAAAAUUAUUCUGUGAUAGAUACCUAUCACAAAAUAAUUUUGUGUGGAAUGGGAAAUAAAUUCCUACAAUAUGGAAUAAUAAUUAUAUAUUUCUACAUAUAAUUUUUAUUCCAUAUUUUUUUUACAGAGUAGUUGAGAAUUAUAUUAUAAUAUAUAUAAUUCUCAACACUACUCUUACACAUUAUUUAUUACCUAAUUAUUUGCUUAAUGCUUUUUUUUUACAAUAAAAGAAAAAUGAAAUAUCAUUUAAUCCAUAUAUCACAUUUUCAUCAAGAAAUCACAAUACAAACUACAAAUUUUAUUCCAAAGUAGGUAAUUAUUUAUGGUUAUCCGAGCUGAUCCGACAAACUUUCUUUUGCCUUCUAUAGAUAAAAUAUAAACUAUCCUAUCUCUCAAGUUGGAGCAAACAAUACAUACACAUUUACAAAAUUUCAUUAAAAUGGAUAGUCGAGAGUUACGAAAAGUAAAUUAAUAUCUACUUACUGUAUCUACUCAUACAUAGUGGAAAAAUGAUUGAUCUCUAGACUUUGUUGAUGUGUUUAAGCAUAUUUGAUUACGCAAUAAUUCUACGAUAUACAUUAUGAAAUAUAUAUAUAGUAUAGGUUAAAGAACGAUAUACCAAUACAUAUAUUUUUUCAGGGUGCUUAAGGAAUUUACCGCACAGUAUUAAUUUUUGAGCAUUAUAUUAUUAUCCUUUAUAAGAUAAAAUUUUCCUUUUAUUAAAAUAGUAAUUUCAUUCAAGUCUUCAUUUAAUUUGAUUAAGUACCUAAAUAUGUAUAUAAAUGUUAUAAUAUACUUUGUAUUGUAAGCGUAUAAAUGUUAUAUUUGGUGUUGUGUCUAUCUGGGUAUAUUUAUAUUUCGUACUUUUUUAUAUUGGUAGGUAUAUAAAUUAGUAUACUUAUUUUUUAAAUAACUAACUGGCACAAACUUUAUAAAUGAGGAAAAUGUGAUUUGCCCUAUUUUGAUUUUGUAUUAAUUUAAUAAAGGUAUGGGGCCUUAGUCUAUUUUCCAUACAAAACAAAAUUAAAUAACAAUAUCAAUGCAACUCUUUGGUAUUUUCCUGCCUGUUGUGUAAUGAGUAUUAAAAAAAAAAAACAAUAAACAUAAUUAUAUUCGAUCGUGUAAGUGUAAUUUUAGUUUCUCUUUUUCCCAAUUCUUCAUGAUAAUAGAACAAAAAAUCAAAAUGAAUAGUUCCCCUUACUACAAAUCUUAUCAACAAUUAAAAGUAUAAGAUUAAUUCAGGAGCUUACUCGAUUACGCCAUUGUGUUUUGCAGAAAAUCAUUGUAAGUUAUAAUAAAAAUAAGGGCACUUUGACACCAUUACGGUAUUUUCGAUAGGACAAUACAAUUUUAUAAUUAUGUAUAUUUUUACAUAAAGAAAAAAUAAAUGUAAAGAAAUCGAUAAACAUUUGAUAACACCAACCGUGAUAGUUUGUGUGAAAUAUAAAAUAUCUCUUUUUUUGAACUAUAUUUUUUCGAAAAAAUAGCUUUUAACAACAUGGCGUAUCCUAUAGCUAUUGCUGAAUUUUUCUAGCGAAAUGUUUAAAUAAGUCAUUUUAUUGUACAAGAGACUCGUCCAUAAUAAUAACAUCAGAAUAACAUUUGAAUUACCUAUUUGAAAAUAAUAAGUGAUCUGAAAGUUAUAUAAAUAUAUACUUAAUGAUAACAAAUAUAUGAACUACGAUAAGUUAGAAGUGAUCACUCAUUACAAUAAAAUAAUAUCAUGCAUGAUACUUUUUAAUUAAGUGACAUUAUUAACCAAAUAUAUACCUAAUUAUUAUAUUCUGUAAGAAUUUUGUAUGCAUGUGAUUUUUCCUUUUGGACAAAUAUAUAUUUCUACGUUAUAAUAAUUUAUAGGUUAAAAUAUUUAUAUUAUACAGUAUAUUAUAUUAUAAUUAUAAAUAUAGAAAUAAAACAAUGGAUAUAGGUGUACCAAUUUUGAUGCAAUUUGUACAUAAUGUCUGUGAAAUGGAUUUGUAUGAUUACUGUAUAGAGUAAGCUGCUUUUGCAGACCUACCCAGACUAUUUAUUAAAUUUUAUAUCCCAUUAUAUUAUUAAUAAUCAACCAGUGUAAAUACUUACACAGACUGUAUGUUCCUAGUUCACACACUAUAUUUAUUUUUAUAUUAAUUUAUUGGACAGAACUUUUUGAUAUGUGUUUUCUAGAUAACAAGACACUACGUCCAUUUGCUAGGAACAAUUUCGUAUUUCUAUAUAUAAUUGUCAAUCGCGUCUUAAACAUAAUAUUCCUUAUAUUAUCCACAUAAGUUUAUUUAAGUUUAUGAUGCGAAAAUAUAAAAAAAAAAAGCUAAACCCAUGAAACGCCUUUGAAAACCUAAUAGCAAUAAAUUUACUAACACGCAUGUCCUUUAAUAACAUAAAUGCAAUAUAUAGUUAACAAUGACUUUACUAAUAUCUAUAUUCACACCAAAUCCUUUACGGGUAGUCUAUCUUCUAUCAGUAGCAUUAGUAACAGCGCUACCUUUACUGAUUUAAAAAAAUUACCAGCUUAUUUCAUGGUACCCCAUGUAUAUUUUUCUUCUUACUAUUGAAGCAUGUUUUUUUUUUUUAUUUAAUAUAAUAUUUGUUAAUUAAAAUGUUACACCAUCAAGUUUGGCCUCGUCUUACGUUUAUUUGAUUUAUUUUUACAUUACUUGAUUCUCAUACACUUAAACAUCCUUUCAUAACAUUUCCGUCCUAAAGGUCACCUUAAUGAUUUGAACAUUAUUUAGUAUUCAAAAUAUGCGCAUUUUAAUUGAACUGACUUUUAAUUUCCUAUACAAAU